CCAUAUACGUCUGCUUUAUCAAGCGUCUUCCCGCGCGGCAGCCUCCCUAUUCUUCCUGCUCCUCAGAGCUUCCUGUCUCUCCAGCGCUUUUACUUUUCAAUUUCCAGGACUCAAAUUCACUGCCAUGUCUUCUGAAGAAGGGAAGCUGUUCGUGGGAGGACUCAACUUCAAUACUGAUGAGCAGGCGCUGGAAGACCACUUCAGCAGCUUUGGGCCUAUUUCUGAGGUGGUUGUUGUCAAGGACCGGGAGACUCAGCGAUCCCGGGGUUUUGGCUUCAUCACCUUCACCAAUCCAGAACAUGCCUCAGAUGCCAUGAAAGCCAUGAAUGGAGAGUCCCUGGAUGGUCGGCAGAUCCGGGUGGACCAUGCAGGCAAGUCUGCCCGGGGCACCAGAGGGGGUGCCUUUGGGGCCCAUGGGCGUGGUCGCAGCUACUCUAGAGGUGGUGGGGACCAGGGCUAUGGGAGUGGCCGGUAUGACAGUCGACCUGGAGGAUAUGGAUAUGGAUACGGACGGUCCCGAGACUAUAGUGGCAGAAGCCAGGGUGGCUAUGACCGCUACUCAGGAGGAAAUUAUCGAGACAAUUAUGACAACUGAGUUGAGGCAUGCACACGUUAAGUAGAUACACAAGGAAUAACACUUCUGAUCCAGGAUCGUCCUUCCAAAUCGCUGUAUUUAUAAAGAUUUUUGGAGCUGCGCUGAAACAUCUGUUUUAGUACAUCAACUUCUAUUUUUCAAUUGAGCUCCCAAGGUAGCUUGUUAAAAGACCUUUUAAAAAGCUCCAUGUAAAAAAUUUUUUCUCAUUUAAAGACAAAUUAUAGUACAUUUGUUAGGCCCCCAGGUAUUUUUCUUUUUACCAAGUUUUUAGUUUGGGCUCUCAGGAUCAUUGCUUCUGGCAAAAGGAAAAGUUUAACCAGACUAAUUUUUUUUUAAAAGCUAAAGUUGGGGCAUUUUAAAAACUUGUACACAAUGUUUAUCAUGACUAGAAAGCAAUUUCUAAAUGUAUCUAUAAACAAUCUGUGUCAAGAACAUGUAAAUUUUUCUUAAAAUUCAAGAUCACCACCCUGAUUAUACAGACAAGCCUCUUUAAAAUGUUUGUGAAUGUCAUUUUUUUUAAUGCUGGAAGAAAAAAUAUUCUGUUGUGUCUCUUGUAGUGUUUAGGAUAUUCUUCACAGAACUGAUUAAAAAUAUGAAACCUGUACACAAAUUGAUAUUGAUAAUGUUUAUUUCUUACUCGACCCAGUUUGGAGAUUUAAAAAAAUGGAGGCAGGUCAGGAGGAGGGGUCUUGGAGAAAAUUUGGUUUAGGGUGGGGUGGGCACAGACUGCCAAAAGAGUAGAAGAUAGCAAAGUUUAGUCAAGUUUGGAGUUGGUUUUGGUAUAUAUUAAGGCAUGAGGUGUGGUGAAUAACAGCUAAAACCCCUUCUGAAAGGAAUUAGGUUUCCUUAGGUGGAUUCUUGGUCCCAAAAUUUAAUCAGAAUUUUCAUAGGUUUGACUCUGACUUCUGAGUGGGUACCCUUCUCACAAUGUUGUUCUGAGGAUGUAUACAUCUAAUCUCAAGACAUGAACUCUAAAGAUGCCAGUUUUUCCUCUGAAAUGGUGGGGGUUAUGGGAGGUGUAUUGAACUUAUCAUGGUGAAAGAAACCUGAUUUGAAAACUGUCUGAGAGCUUUGAAUGGAUUCAUAUUCCAUGAUUAAAAUGUGGGCUUUUCUACUCCCCAGGUAA